AUGGUUAGUCGAAAAUCAAACGAUUAUCUUGCAACCGCAAAAUCAUCUACAUGGAGUGAUUUGCAGGUCUAUCAUGCCGUCAAGACGUGUUUUGGUGCUGUCAGGUACUCGAUACACUCUAUUCAGAAACACAGCCAGGAUAUGUGAGGUUAUGAUUAAGCGUGGCUAUGCUGCCAAGAUAGAGCUUAACUUUAUCACUGGCCAGGAUUUCCACGUCUACCCACAAUUCGACACCGACGACCUCAUCCGCCUUGGAAGUCUGCGGAGAAAGAAACUAGGGAGGAGAUCAUCAUUGCCUGCUGCCCCCGCCCUGUUCCUCUACCAAGACAGGGGGAUGUUGAGCUUGUUUCUAGCUACCUGGUAUUUCUGA